AUGCUUCGGGACUGCAUUAUUGUCAUCUGGCCUAGAGCUGCUUGCAUUCCUUGCGAAGACCGAGGAAGAAGCCCAGAGGAGUUCCGCAUACGACACUGGAAUCCUUCCAUUGCCCAUAAUUCUCAGGUUCAGCCGGGGCGGCCUGGCUGGGGUAACCGCGGGCAAGAUGUUUUUACUGGGGUGGCGCCACACGGGCCUUGCCUGCUUGUUGGCUUGGGUGUUGUGGAUGAGAAUGUAUUGGUUGAUGAGAACGCAGGAGGCGGUGAGUACCUGGGCCGCCGUUCUGGUCUUCACCAGCAGGGGGCUCAUUGCAGCAGUGAAUGCCGCCGUCCUGUUGUACGAAGCUCACGUGAAGCAGAGGCUGUUGAACAAGAAGGUGAACAAGAAGUUGGUCAGAACUGCCUCCAGAGGUGUUUUUUUUUGCGCUUGGGCGCGUUCCUCACCCUUUUGGAUGUGGUUUACAUUUCUUUGGUGGACACCUUUGGCGAUAAGAUCCGUUUGAUCCCAUCCCUGUUUCUGACGGUUGACAACUGUGUGGUGCUCGCAUCUAUCCUCAUUCUUAGUGGCCUCGUUGGACCGAGGGACACGUUGGAUCAAGAAGAAGUACUGGCAGAGUUGCAGUACAUGGGCAGGACACAAGGGAAGCGGAUUGCCUUCCCAGGCAAGCUGAACAGCCACUCACAACACUGCAUUGUGAGUUUCCCUGGCAAGUACGCUGAAGAGUGGGACGCUGCAGUGCGGAUGGUGGAAAUACGUUCUACAGCAUGUAGCCUGGCUUGCGUGUUUUUAACCGACAAGGCCUCUGGUUUGGGGGGUGCAUGA